UACUGCAGAGCAACGCCGAGACACCGGCGACGUGACGCCACAUCCGGGUCAUGCGAGCUCGUCAGCGUGCUGCUGGAGGAGCGCAGGGUCAGAUUGACGCGAACAUGGCCGCGGUGUGUUUCUCCUUGAGCCGCUGCUGCGCCGCCGGUCACCGAGCCUCGAUCACGGCGGUGCGGUUCGCGCAGACAGCGUCCGCGGUUCAGCCCAGAAUCAAGAGCUUCCAGAUCUACCGCUGGGACCCGGACCGCGCCGGAGACAAGCCUCGCAUGCAGACGUACGACAUCGACCUGAACACCUGCGGGCCGAUGGUUCUGGACGCGCUCAUCAAGAUCAAGAACGAGAUGGACGGCACGCUGACCUUCAGACGCUCCUGCAGAGAGGGAAUCUGCGGGUCUUGCGCGAUGAAUAUCAACGGUGGAAACACUCUGGCGUGUCUGAACAAGAUCGACACUAACACCAGCAAGGUGUCGAAGAUCUACCCGCUGCCGCACAUGUAUGUGGUCAAAGACCUGGUGCCGGACAUGAGCAACUUCUACGCUCAGUACAAGUCCAUUAAAUACUCGAACUCAGGUCAGAGGUCACUGAUCUGUCGUCAAUCAUCACCUGAAGAACGCUACUGA